ACAGCUGCAUUGUUUGCUAGCCAGGUGGCUAACCUCAACGUUACAGAUUUUAUGUGGGACGGGGGAGGGGUCUACAGUGCUGCUUCCCCUCAACCAACAGCCAGACGUGCGCACAGAACAAACCUCUCCGUUCGGACAUCAAGCUGCCAACGAUAGUGCUCUUGGAGCAACGCAUGAGCUGCGGAUCUCUGUCCACAAGCACCUCGCCACCAAAGUGCACCUCCCCUGUUCUCUGGAACUGACAUUUGUCCACUAAUUUAAGAGGACACUUCAAUCAAGGCAGGCCUAGGAUAAGAUUGAAGACAAGUUUUGUAGGAAGCAUUCUGCUUUCUGGCAAUUGGAUGGGAAAAAAAAAUCUUUGACCUUGGAAACUGAAGAUGUUGUUGCCAUGGGAACUGUUAAUCCUCCUGUCACUCAAGGACUGCCUUGCAGAGAAAAUUGUACUGCAUGGGCCUGUUUUUACUCAGGAACCAAGUGACAACAUCUUUCCUUUGAACUCUGAUGACAACAAAGUUUUCAUCAACUGUAAGGCAAAGGGGAACCCGGCACCAAAUUACAGGUGGAAAUUUAGUGGAAGAGACAUCGACAUGGGCAUGGAUUUGAACUACAUCCUUAUGGAAGGCAACUUAAUGAUCAAUAGCCCCGAGGCCGCUCGGCAUGGGGGGAUUUACCAGUGCAUAGCCACCAAUUCCAUAGGGACUGUCAUCAGCAGAGAGGCCAAAGUGCAGUUUGCAUAUCUGGAGAAUUUCAGUAGCAAGUCGAGGAGUGCUGUGUCUGUACGAGAGGGCCAGGCCGUGGUUCUGCUGUGUGGACCCCCUCCUCACUCUGGAGAUAUAAAAUACUCAUGGGUUUUCAACGGACGCCCAGACUUUCUACAGCAAGGCACCCGCCGCUUUGUUUCACAGAAGACAGGAAACUUGUACAUUGCUAAGGUGGAGCCCUCAGACGUGGGCAACUACACCUGUGUGGUGAGGAGCGCGAUGACCAACACGACGGCGUUCAGCUCGCCGACUCCCGUUGUGCUGCGCAGAGACGCUGUCAUGGGAGAGUAUGAGCCAAAGAUAGAGGUCCAGUUUGCUGAAACAAAUCACGUUGCCAAAGGAUCGUCAGUAAAAUUGGAGUGCUUCGCCUUAGGAAACCCCGUACCAGUCAUCACAUGGAGAAGAGCAGAUGGAAAUCCCUUUCCUGGCAAGAUUAAAAUCAACAACUCCAAUGGUGUGCUAGAAAUCCCAUAUUUUCGACCCGAAGACGCAGGCUUAUAUGAAUGCAUUGCAGAGAACUCGAGAGGACGAAAUGUUGCCAAGGGUCAACUGAUAUUCUAUGAUGUGGAAAAUCUGCAUUGGACUCAGACUUUGAAAGAUGCCUAUAUGUCUAUCGAAGCUGAUCUUUUGUGGGAGUGCCGAGCCAGUGGAAAGCCAAGUCCCUCAUACAGGUGGUUGAAGAAUGGAAAACCCCUCAACCUUGAUGACAGAAUACAGGUAGAAGGUGGCAGAUUAACCAUUUCUAAACUAACCCUGAUGGACUCUGGCAUGUAUCAGUGUUUGGCCGAGAAUGACCAUGGAGUGAUUUACGCCAGUGCUGAACUCAAGGUUGUUGCUUCUCCGCCUGAUUUCUCAAAGAGGCCGGUGAAGAAGUCCACGCUGGUCCAGAGAGGAGGAGAGGUCGUGAUCGAGUGCCGGCCGCAUGCCUCUCCCAGAGCCUCCUUUUCCUGGAGGAAAAGUGGAGACUUCCUGAAAAACAGCACAAGGCAGACUAUCUUGGAGGAUGGCAGUCUCCGAAUCACCAAUGUUAGCAAAUCUGAUGGAGGCCGGUACACUUGCGUGGCCAGGAAUCCUUUUGGAAUAUCCAGCAGCACAGGCAGCCUGGUGGUGAAAGAACCUACAAAGAUCAUAGUUCCACCCCUGAACAUGGACGGCACCGUGGGGGAGAGCAUCGUCCUGCCAUGUGAAGUUUCUAAAGACCCUUCCUUGGACCCGACAUUCAAGUGGUUCUUCAAUGGGAAACUGAUUGAUUUCAACAGACAGGAUCAUUUUGAAAUGAUUGGUGGUGGUCCUGCGGGUGAUCUGAUGGUCAGGAACAUCCAGCUGAAGCAUGCUGGGAAGUACGUCUGCAUGGUCCACACCAUGGUGGACAGUGUUUCGGCUGGAGCUGACUUGAUCGUAAGAGGGCCUCCGGGGGCUCCAGAAGGCCUGGUGGUGGAGGAAAUUACAGACACCACCGCUCGCCUUUCCUGGGGUGCUGGAAGUGAUAACCGCAGCCCCGUCACCAUGUACACCGUGCAGGCAAGGACCCCAUUCUCCAUUGGCUGGCAGGCGGUCAGAACAGUUCCCGAUUCUGUACCUGGACAGAUGUUGCAUGCAACUGUGGUAGAUUUGAACCCCUGGGUGGAUUAUGAAUUCAGAGUGGUUGCUAUAAACAGCGUGGGUUUGGGAGAGCCCAGCCUGCCCUCCAAGCAGCUACGCACCAAAGCAGCAGUGCCUGAAGUUGCCCCAGUCAAUGUAAGUGGAGGUGGAGGAAGCCGAUGUGAACUUGUCAUUAUGUGGGAGCCUGUCCCAGAAGAACUGCAGAAUGGGGAGGGGUUUGGGUAUGUUGUAGCUUUUCGUCCCUUUGGCACAAAAACAUGGAUUCAGACUGUGGUGGCUUCAGCUGAUGCAUCAACAUACAUCUUUAAGAAUGAAAGCAUCCCACCUCUUUCCCCCUUUGAGGUGAAAGUGGGUAUUUUCAACAAUAUUGGAGAAGGCCCUUUCAGUCAUGUGACCACAGUCUACUCUGCUGAAGAAGAGCCCUCUGUUGCCCCUUCCUUGAUCUGGGCACGGACCCUGUCUGCCUCUGAAAUUGGUGUGUACUGGGAGCCUGUAUCGUUGAAGUCCAGCGCUGGUAGAGUACUUGGUUACGAGGUACUUUACUGGGAGGAGGGGGAGUCGGAGAGCGAUGCGGAGAGGCUCAGAGUCGCAGAGACGAUGACCAACAUCACGGGUCUGAAGGGCAGCACUUCCUAUUUCGUGGCAGUCAAGGCCCGCAACAGCGCUGGGACUGGCCCGCCCAGCGCUCCCGUCAACGUCACCACCAAGAAGCCGCCACCAAGUCAACCACCAGGGAAUAUUGAAUGGAACUUGACAAACUCCAAGAUCUUUCUGAACUGGGAGCAUGUGAAGGCCAUGGACAAUGAGUCAGAAGUGAUCGGAUACAAGGUGGUGUAUCGUGAGAACUGGCACAGGAGGACCAGUGUGCUGGAGACCAACAGGACCUCAGUGGAGCUGGAACUACCCCCAGGUGAGGACUACCUCAUCGAAAUCAAGGUCCUGAGUGAUGGUGGGGAUGGCAGCAGCAGUGGCCCCAUCAGAAUUCCUAAAAUGUCAAGUCUUAAUUCAAAAGGGUUUUUCAACUCUGAUGUCAGCAAAAUACCUGCUGCUUGUGCAGUUAUGUUUGUUAUAACAGUAAGAUGGAUUUUGUAAAAUAUACAUUAAAAUUGCAAUGCCUUUAAAGAUUGGAUAGUGAGGUGAAUAUGCUCAAGAAAGAAACACAUUCCUCUCGUAAACAAUGAAGUACCUUUAAUUAACAGCGUAUCUGCAACAUAGUUUUCUGAAGAACAUGAACAAAUAUACUGCACAACUGGAUCGCCUUUUGUUAAGUUGCCAUUUUGAUCUCUAUGUCUCUCCCAAUCCAUUGACUUUUUAUAAUGAUCAGUUAUACAAAAGGACAGGCUAUAUUUAUUUAGAAUUUAAAGGCUACACAUAACAUCAAAGCAAUCCAUAUCAAUAACAUUUUAUAGAUGAUGAAGUAUAAGGUAGGCUGAAUUGUGGUAUUCUGGAUCAAAGAAUAUAGAUAAAGAAAGAACAAAAUUAACCAAUAAUUUAUAUAGUUGUAGCUAUGCAUAUGAGGAAAACUGCUGUUAUGUUGUGUAUAAAUGUUACAUAAAGUUCUACUGAGCAUAAAAUUCAGCGUAUACUUUGACCAAUAAAUUAAUUCCUGUUAUAUUUUUUAUUUUAUUUUUAUUUUGUAUGUAGAUUUUUUUGCUAAUUUCACAUCGCCUAUCAACAAUGAUGUCUGCUGAUUGACUUGAAAAUGUGAACAUCAGACAAAUAGUAAUCCAGAUGAGUAAGCCAGUGUAAUUGCCUGAAAAUGAUCUAGUUUAGUCUAAUUGACAUUUCUGAAACAGGAUUUGUAUUAUUGAUCCCCAGGGGGAAGUUCAUUAUCAUUCCAUAGUUCAAAAAAGACAGAAAAAAAUUAUUUUACCUGAAGUACAUUCAUUUAAUUGCUUCCAAUCUGCAGCAUGUUAAUUGUUAGAUUAAAUAUUGUUUUAACAAUACAUUAAGAGGAAAACAUUGGCCAACUCUGAGUCAAAUUGAGAAAGUCAUUAAUUGGCGUGAAUGUUUGUGUUUAACUCACUUUUACAUUUUAUUCUUGGAUAUACCCCAUAUGUUUGUGCCUCAUUCUUUUUGUAAAGAUUUGUCCAGAGCAAGAUCAAGCCCAAUUAAUGAACAUUUUCCUGAACAGAGUAUAUGUUUGUAUAAUAACAACAACAACAACAACAACAACAACAACAACAACAACAAUAAUAAUAAUAAUAAUAAUAAUAAUAAUAAUAACAAUAACAUGCUAGGGGCUGGUUUCCUAGACAGUGAUUAAGCCUAGUCCUCGACUAAAAAAAAUAACAAAUCAAUGUAGAUCUCUAUACAGAAUUUUUUUUUAGUCUAGGAUUAGGCUUAAUUCAUGUCUGGGAAACCAGCCCUGGAUGUCUGGGAUUAUACUGUUCAUGGACGUGAAAGGAAACAUGGACAUGAAAGCUUCAAAAUGUUCAGAUGUAAUGAUAUCAAAUCAAUGUUACCUUGGUAAAACUUUACAGGGGUCAACCAUUUGCUGUGUUACUGUGACCAGCCUGUGUAGUACCUGUAGUGAUAUGCCAAGGACAUCAUUCAUGCAGUGAUUAUCUAGAGAUCAGAAACAUAGUAAGAAGACACCUUUAUUUUGGUGAUACAUUUUUGAAAUAUGAUUUUAUGUUUCCAUCCUAAUAUUUAAUAAUGUUUUGUAUACUUAAGAAACAAAUGACUUAUUUUGAUGCUGAUUCUAAAGAAAGAAGAAACAAAUAAACUACAAAAAUAUAUAAA